AUGGUCAAGGACAAGAAGGCAAAGGCUCCGGCCGCUGAGUCUGCGCCGAGGAAAUCAAGCAGAAUCUCCGAGCAGGUGGUGAAGCGCAAAGCCAACGAGGAAGUCUCGUCCCCAGCCACGAAGAAGCGCAAGGCCGUUGAGGAACCCGUGAAGAAGGCCAAGACGACGACGCCCGCCAAGACGAACAAGAAGAAGGCCGCUGCCGCUGCCGAGACAGAAGACGGCGAGGAGGACAAGGAGAACGACACCGAGCAGACAAAUGUGGCUGUGGAGGACGAUGCUACGACAAAAGCCCUAGUGAAGGAGAUUGACGGCGACGACGAGGACGAGGACGACGAUGCGGCCAAGGGCGGCGCCAGCCUGUUCCAGCCCGGCCAGGACGUCGGCAAGGCACCCGCAGCGGCCGUGAAGAAGGCUGCCCAGGUCAAGGCCAGCAAGGCCAAGAAGACGGACGGCAAGGAGGACAAGGGGACCAAGACACAGAACGGCACAGUGGCUGCCACCUCGACAGACGCCAACGGCGCCGAAUUUGGCGGCGUCGUCUACGUCGGCCGCAUCCCCCACGGCUUCUUUGAGCACGAGAUGCGCAGCUACUUUAGCCAGUUUGGCGACAUCCGCCGGCUGCGCCUGUCGCGCAACCGCAAGACGGGUGCCAGCAAGCACUACGCCUUUAUCGAGUUUGCGGAGCGCGACGUCGCCGACAUUGUCGCCAAGACCAUGGACAACUACCUGCUGUUCGGCCACCUGCUGCGCUGCAGCGUCGUCCCCGCCGAGCGCAUCCCCGCCAAUCUCUUCAAGGGCGCCAACCGCCGCUUCAAGGCCGUGCCCUGGAACCGCAUGGCCGGCCGCAAGCUGGCCCAGCCCAAGCCGGAGGACGCAUGGACGGACAAGAUUGGCCGCGAGGCCAAGCGCCGUGCCGAGCGCGCUGCGCUGCUCGAGAGCAAGCUCGGCUACUCGUAUGCGGGCCCGACGCUGAAGACGACGGACACGGUCGCGGCGCCAGCGGCUGACGAGGCGGUAGAGGAGAAGCCGGAGAAGACGGAGAAGACAGAGGAGACGACGGCGACCAAGACACUGGAGGCGCCCGAGGCCGCCGAGGACCCGGUUGCCGCCAUCUCCAAGGCACCAGCAAAGGGCAAGAAGGGCAAGGCGAAGAAGGUCGCUGCGUGA